GAGAAAUAGGGGGUUCUGGGAGUUCGUUGGGCGGUUGAGAGCUUCACGCGUCUCGUCGCCCGCUCUGCUGAGGUGACUUUGGACAUUCACACUUGGGACUCCUGAGGAGAGCAGAGUCAGGGAAAGUGAACAAUCAGAUAUUCAAGAGGCCAAGACAAGAGGAUAAUUUGAAGCUAGAAAUUCAAUCCUGGGGAAAUGCCAAGCAUUUAAAAGGAUUGCAUACUCAAGGCUAAAGAGGAGCUGCUACAGUCAGCACACAUCCCUGUCUGGUCAUGUUCCCUUCCAAGUCCACUGCUAUGGCACUGGCGAUUCUUCAGGACUGGUGUGGGUGGAUGGGUGUCAAUGCCCAGCGUUCACUGCUUAUCCUGGGCAUCCCUGAUGAUUGUGAGGAAGACGAAUUCCAGGAGGCUGUGCAGGCUGCCCUCAGGCCCCUGGGCAGAUACCGAGUGCUUGGCAAGGUCUUCAGAAAGGAGAUUGGGGCAAAGGUUGCUUUGGUUGAAUUCGCUGACAAUUUGAACCAAAGUUUGAUCCCCCGACAAAUACCAAGUGAUAGGGGGCCCUGGUCUGUGAUCUUCCUGCCUCAGGUCCCUGAUAUCGAGUUACAGGGUACAUUCAAUUUCCCUGCACAGGCUCAUGGGCAAGCUUUGCAAGGGGCUUCAGGUGGGGCAGGGGCUUCAGGUACAUCAGGGACUGCAGUUGAGGAAGGAGAUGGAGGUGAGACAGGGAAUGUGGGUGAGGCAGGAGGAGCAGCUGAGGAAGGCGAUGAGGAUGAGGCAAGAGUGUCGGAGGAGGAAGGAACAGAGGGUGAGGAAGGAGGAGCGGGUGCAGCCCCUCCUGCCUCCUUCCUACAGGAGGAAGGAGCUGCAGCUGAGGCAAGAGUGUCAGACAAGGAAGAGACAGAGGGUGAGGAAGGAGGAGCAGGUGAGGCAGGAAGAACAGCCGAGGAAGAAGCUGCAGCUGAGGCACGAGUGUCAGAUGAGGAAGGAGCAGAGGCUGAGGGAGGAGUUAUAUAUGAGGCAGGAGUAAUAGAUGAAGCAAGACUGUCAGACGAGGGGGCUAUGGAUGAGGAAGAUGAUGUAGUUGAGGCAGGGGCUGCAAGAAUGUCUGAUGAGGAAGGAGCUGGAGGGGACAUGGGGGUUGCAGGUGUUAUAGGAGCUAUGGGUUGGGUAGGAGCUGCAGGUGAGGUAGGAGCUGCAGGAGAAGGAGGCGUUUUAGAGGCAGGAGCAGGUGAUGAUGGGUCUGCAGGUGAAGAGGGGUCUGUGGGUGAUGAAGGGUCUGGGAGUGAUGAGGGGUCUGCAGGGGAUGAAGGAUCUGUGGAUGGUGGAGGGGCUGUGGGUGAAGCAGGAGCUGUAGGUGAGGCAAGAAUGUCAGAUGAGGAGGGAGCUGCAGGUGACAUGGGAGUUGCAGGCAUUAUAGGAGCUGUGGGAUUGGCAGGAGCCGCAGGUGAGGCAGGAGGUUCAGGUGAGGAAGGGGCCUUUGAUGUGGCAGGAGGGGCACAUGGGGCUGGAGCCUGGACCCAGCAGUGGAGCCAAGCCCUGCAGCCCAUCCUGGAAAACAUGGCCUACCAGGAACUGAGACACUUCUCUGGGAUGGAAGAGCCCGGCUCUGGGGGUCAGUCUUUCGAGAGCUGGCUGGACCAUGCCAAUGACAUGCUAUACCUGUGGCGCCACAUAUCCGAGAGGGAGAGGCGGCGGCGGCUGGUGGAGAGCCUGGGGGGCCCUGCCCUGGAUCUCCUGUGUGAGCUUCUGGAAGAACAUCCAGAUACCCCUGCACAGGACUGCCUGGCUGCACUGGUGCAGGUGUUUGGCAACAAGGAUACCGUGAUGACCGCCCGGCUGAAGUUCCUGACUUGCUCCCAGCGGCCUCAGGAGACCCUCUUUGCCUAUGUGAUGCGCCUGGAAGGUCUGCUGCAGAUGGCCCUGGAGAAGGGGGCCAUCCAGCCUGCAAUGGUGGAUCAGGCGAGGGUACGGCAGGUGCUGAUGCGGGCCAGGCCCAACCAGAUGCUGCAGAACACCCUGAGGAGGUUGCGGCUGGAGAGGCGGCCACCUGGCUUUGUGGGGCUGCUCAGGCUUGUCCGGGAGACUGAGGCGUGGGAGGCAGCUCUGGCUGAAAAUGCGGUGGUCCCAGUGGGGGAAGGGGUGGAAGUGCAUGGUGGAGAGCUGGAUGUGGCCCAGGCUGCCCUUGUCAGUGUUGGGGGUGCUGAGCCUGCCCCUGCUGUUAGAGAGGCUCUGCCAGCUGGUGAAGAUGCUGGCCAGGCUGCUGCUGCUGUUCUUGAGCAAGCUGCUGGGCCUGCUCCUGAUAGUGGUGGUGCCAUAAAGGCAGGCCCUGACUCUGAUGAGGCCAAGGUCUUCCCUGUCACCCAGAGAGAUGAAGAUGUGUUGGCCUCUGCUGGCUCAGGCCAGGCGAGGCCCACUGAGGGCCCAGGUGUGCCUGAGAGCUUGGCCCGUACAGGAGAUCAAGAAGUAGAGCAGCCUGUAUCAGAGGGGCUGAAGGAAGAGUCAGAAAAUGAGGAUGGGGCAUGGGAAGAUAGUCACCCCAAACCCUUCUUUGGCAAAUAGGCUCAGAAGGUCCAGGGGCUUCCUCCUACCUCAGGCAGUUAAGUCCUAUAGGAAGGCAAGGUAGGCCCAAGGUCUGUGCUUCACCCAAAAGGUGUAGCAGGGCCCAGAAAAGGUUUUGCCCAACUUUAAACCAGCUCCCUUUCUUAAAUCCUCAAGGGGUCCUGGCCACCACCAGCACCUCCCAUUUGAGUUAUGCAGGUGACCACAUUUGCCACCAAGUAGAGUGGGGAGAGGUACCCUUUUCCAUGACAAUAUCACCUCCAGAUCUAGUCCUAAACUAUUCUGGCUUGGCUUGCCUGAAACACAUUGCUGAGGUCCCAGCCCCAAAAUUAAGGAUGUGGCUUGAGAAUCCACCUGUUCUAGUCUGGAAGAUGUGGCAAGGAGGUCAUCCCAACACUUACAGCUACUUCAUUCUCCCAACACAGGUAGCCCACCUCCUCCCAUUUGCAGUUUCUAGGCUGGCUGCUUUCUGCAAUGGGACAUUCACAUUAUCUGUCUACCUCAUAGUGACCCAGCUGUCCAGAGCAUUCACCUUCACACACUCUCCCUCAUCCAUUGGUUUUGUGCAAAGCCAUGAGAUAAAUUAACCUGGGCAAAUGAAAGUUCUGGCCACCCGGUCAACAACUUCCAUACAGAGGCAUGCAGUAAGCUGCUGUGCUGGUCAAGCCUUUCCUUCCCAUAUUAUGAGCCACUUGUUUGCUUUCUCAGUGUGAACCUAGGUCUGCCACUGGCUGAUUGUUUUUCAGAUAUGUGCAUUGCCACCUGAGCACAUCCUUUCCAGAGACCCCAAGUUCAGCAUCAGGAACCAGCAGGAAGAACAGAAGACAAGGGACUGGGUGAUGCUUAUCUUGUGACUGUCACUUGGUGGAUCUGCACAGGCAAAAAGACAUAGACCUGGGAGGGGCUUGGACACCAUGUUUUUGUUCCAUUUAAGUUGUUAUUUAUGAUUCCUAUAUCCUCUACUUGGUGGGGUAUUCUGUGUUGUGAUUUCUGAUGUCUAUAACUGGCCUGUGUCAGUAUUAGGACAGGGCCACCCCACAGUGUGUGACCCCUUGAAGUCAUCCUCUAAAGUAAAUGAGUAUUACCUGAGGCCAUUGUCUUGAUAAGAUGCACAUCUUGGAUCUUUGAAAAAGGAGAAAAAUAGUGAGGGGCCCCAAGGUGCUUUCAGAGCCUCAGGAGGAGUACAGUCUGGGAACUAGAGCUUCUGGUGGCUAAGAUGUGUUUCUGACUACUGUUUUACCUUUUUCAAUGGUUUCAUUAAAUGUUUUUCUUUAAUAAAUUUUUUGG